AUGGGGGGAUGGAAUGAAACGUGUCACUGUCCAUGUCCAACCAUAACCCGCGCCAUCGAUGGACGCCCAGGACCUGCCCAGUAUUUUGAGAUUGUGCACGUGAGAAACAGCCUAUGUGGGAUGUGUGCAUUCAACAGUAAUAUCCAUCAAGGCGGGAACAAAACAAUCAGGUCUAGCACGUGGCCGUUUGAGAAACCACUCCGUCCAGACCUUGACUUUAACACUGCUUCAAACGAAGACAGUGAAAGGUUACGGAUUUCCGACUAUGGACCUGGCUUGGUUCAAAUCAUGGGCUGGCAAUGGGACGAAGAGACCAAGAGGGAUAUCAUGUUAUGCUAA